AUUAACCUGAGGAUUAUUUUUAUUGUUGCAGAUUUUUUUCUAAUUAGGUUAUAAAUUAUUCAGAUCUUCCUUAAAUAUGAGUGCCAAACAAGAAAGAAAUGGAGUAGGAAGUAGCAAAGCAAAUAAAAAUAAAUCAUCUAUUUAUUUUUUGAUGUGUAAAGCAUUUACCAGCAACUCACACUGGCCAGACAAGGACGACUUUCUAGAUGUGAUUUACUGGGGCCGGCAAAUUUUGGGCCUCAUUAUGGGCAUUAUAUGGGGAAUAUUUCCAAUCAAAGGAUUCCUGGGUUUGCUCCUGUUUUGUCUUGUCAGUGCAGCAGCUGUGUAUCUUUAUGCAUUUAAUUUCCAAAAUGUAGAUGAGGAUGAAUAUGGAGGAGCAUGGGAAAUUAUCAAGGAAGGUUUUGUGACAUCAUUUGCUGGGUUCUUGGUAAUGUGGAUCAUCAUUUACUCUGGCCUACACUUCCAAGACUGACGCCCGUAGAACUCUGUCAAUUUGUCAUGUUUCCAUUUUGUGAAGAAUAAAACAUUGUGCUGCUAGUGUUCAACAUUUGUUCAUGUAGGAUGUUGUACUUGGGUUCACAUGGGCUUUUAUGUUUAAAGAAAAAUUAAUUAAUUUGUUUAAUAUCCUGGUAUUUUAUUGGUUUUGAUAUCAGUAGGCAUAAGUUUCAUUUUUAUUCAUAAACAAAACCUAAGUUGUUAUCAAAUUAUUGACAAUUGCAAUUAGCGCUAAUGACCAUACUUUUUUCUAUAAGUUUCAUUGGAAUCGAAUGACAUCUCUUCAAUUGAGCUAAAUAACUAAUUACAGGAAAAAUCACAAACAUUUCACUUGACUCUAUUUCAUAUGACACAAAAUAUACCUAUAUUCUUUUAUUUCCAUGCAAGAUUGUUUUCGCUGAGACAUUAAAUUUGUAAUCACUUUU